UUGUUGAGUAUUUUCAUGGAGUCGUUUGUGUUUGCCAUAAAAGCAAAAAUUGAAUUGUGGCUGAAAAACCAGUUAAAAAGUGGUUGUUUAAUCAUGAGUGUGUCGAGUUCUCUUGAGUAUCUCAUGAUAAAGCAGACUUGUCGGUUUUUCGCUUACAAGUUUGAAAUGGGUUCAAAUCAAGCACCCCAAGACGCAUCAGAUAUCUAUUCAUUCCAGUUUUUGAAGGCUUUAUACGACCGCCCCGAGGAUCACAUAAACAAAAUAAUUAAAGCGAAAUUUGGGCCCAACGGGAACGAGAAUGGUGACUCUGAAAACGACGAAAACUACAGUCUAAUCGAAAAACGAGUACUAUUAGACUUUUUCCGAAAAGUUGUUGAUAUGAAAUCGCAACCAGCCAAACAAUGGACUGACUUGCAACAUUAUUUGUGCUUCAUUUAUAGGUAUUGCAUGACUAGUGACCCAGACCCAGUGCAGGAGGUGUUAUCACCGUAUUUCAUAGCUGAUAUGAGGAGUAUUGUGUGCAGUCUGAUGGAGGAAGACCAGAUACAACUUUGCCUUAGAUUAUUUUCCCUUGUGCGAGAAUACACCGUUUUCGCUCAUAAGCAACACCAAAAAAUCGCAAGUGUGGAAGCUUCGAUUGAAAGCUUAUUCUACUACUAUGAGGCUUUUUUGUCCGCAACCAAAAACAUAUGCAAAAUAUUCCCCGAACUUGAACAACUCCUAAUAAACACAUACAAGUUAGGCUGGCUUGACUUUAACACUUCGAUUUUUAUGUACUACUUCUACGAGACUCCCUACGUGCAAGACAUGGUUCGCGAGUUCGAAUUGAUGAAAGACAACGUUUCGAUCAAAGCCGCUGGUAUUUACACGGUUUUAACCGAAUUACAUAAACUUUGGAGGUCGCAAAUGUUAGGAAUCAACAGCGUGAUUGCGAAUAAGUUAGGGGCGAAAUUCAAAGGUCUGGAUAAUAAAAUGAUGUCGAGUCAUAAGCGUGUUUUAUCGAAGAACUUCUGGAUUGAUCGAACGGCGAAAGAGAAAGCAAUGCAGGAUGUGCGACUCUUUGAUUGUCAGUUGUUCACACUUGUGGGGAACAAAAACCUCCCAAUGCCGGACCCAACUUUGGACGAGUCAGGUCAAUGCAUUUGCGAGGAUUGCUUAAUUAUUAAAUACAAGUCAUUGCUUGAAAAUACUCAGAAUAAAAUCGUCUCGGAGUGUAUGAAAGUCUCGUGCAGGUUUUGCCGACAACAAGUCGACUUAGAACAUUUCCAACAGCACGUCAAUGGACGCGCUGUAGCGGAAUUAGAUGGAAGCAACUGUAAAAAUCUCUCGAAGAUUAUUUCAGACAACAUCGAUAUUGUCAAAUUAGGAAUAUCAAAUUCGAAAGGAGCGAGAAAAAAUGGUGCACAAAACGACUCACUCAUAUCACAUUCGUUGAAACGUCACGAAAAUGGCGAAAUUUCGAAAGAUCCCUGCCCGAAACUUGCAAACGAGCCCCCACUUUUCAAACAUAACAUUUUCGAAGAUGAGGACGAGGAUAUUGACGUUACCGAAUUGGCUUUUCCCGGACUUGAAAUCACAAAAAUGUCAAGGAAGACGUUUUAUAAUUUUUUGAAACACAGAUUUUCGCUGCCGCGCAACGGGAAGGAAAACAAAGCGGAGGCGAAUCCCAAAAUCACCGAAAAACCACCGGUUCAGAAUGCGGUUAAAAAUACGCCCCCUAAACCCGAGGAGCCCAAAUCUGAGGUUGUAAAAAACUCAAAAAAUACGAACAAAAGCAACGGUAAUACUUUCCCAUGUGGUCAUAGCUGCAAACUCGAGGAAGAAUUAAAAUCAGAGUUUAAAAAAGCUUAUCAGGACCAAUGCGAUCAUCACAAGGAAUCGAAAAAAUGCGAUUGUACUUUUUGCGAAGUAUUCGGGACAACGACUUCUCACGUUCAUAAAACGAACGAAACCCGUAAUCGAUUAAGAAUCAGAUUGAAUCAAAGAAAUGAAAGUAGUGGAAAAAACACAAAAACGAAACCUAAAACAAACCCAAAUAAGGUUGAAUCACCGGCAGCUGGACCCUCAAAACCCACCCAAUCGAGCGAAGGUACAACCCCUACAAAUGAAGAAACAAAUUCUAACCCUCUAAUGAAUGACAUACACGGCUUACUCAACUAUAUCGAGGGUAAUACAAAUGUUGAUAAAGUUGCUUUAGCGGAGAAGAAAGCGGCGAAAAAGGCGAGACAGAGACACAAAAAGGAAGAAGAAAGAUUGAGACUUGAGGAAGAAGAGAGGAAGAAAGUUGAGGAGGAAAAACGAAAAGCUGAGGAAAAACUCAGGAAUGAGGAAUUAGCACGGCAACUAGCCGAAAAAGCGGCCAAAAACGCGAAGAAAGAAAAUAAAAAGAAGAAACAAAAGAACAAAAAUACUGAGUUGGUAGAAGAGACAAUUCCAGCUAUGGUCACUAUAAAACGUGUUGUCGAAAACGACAAUGCACUACCAACUGUUACUAUCACUCUAAAAGGCUCAACGCCUGAUCAAGAUAAACUUUUAUACACUCUAGUGAAUGGCCAUGAUGGCAAUAAUGCUCAGUUAGAAGAGAAUAAAAAGAUUAAAAAGUACAAAGAACAGGUGGCGAAGACUGUUAAUUUAGAAGUAGCAGCGAAUCAGAAGAAGAAAAAGAACAAAAAUGAUAAAACCCAACCAGCGAACUCAGUUGUUACAAAAGAAUUACGAGUGACACUAGCUGUAGACCCUCCAAGUGAUAAAAAGAACAAACAAGUGAAAAAUAAAAACAAAAACGAAAAUAAAAAAGACAAAUUGAACAAUAAGGAUGAUGAUAUUAAUAUUCCAAUGUUGAAAUUGCCCCCAGGCAUUACAAUAACGAAAGUUGAUGGUCCAAUGACUGAUAGGAAUUACAAGGCUACCAACAUCGAAAGCCCCCCUUACAGUUCCAACAUCCCGGUCAGUAAAUCAGGGGUAAUAGUUGUUGAUACGGAGAAACUUAUAAAACAAUCGAGUGCCACAACAAGUAAGAAAAAUCGACGAAAGCGGAAUAAAAAACAGCGAGAGUUGCCUCAACCGGCCCCCAGUAAGCCGUCAAUGGUGACACUGAAGAACCCCAUUUUCCAGAACAUGCAGCCCCGCCAUGAAGCGGAAAUAAUGCCCGACAUGAGCGGUGGUCAAUGCCAACAAGCGUCGAUUUUCAAAAACGAAAACGGGAUGGUCACUAUUAGGAGUUCAAGACUGCAACAAAGUCUCAAUAGUGGGGCCCCAAUGCCCAGUCUUUUGCCAGAUCUGAAGCCGGUCCUGGGACCGGAAGUCCCCACUAGUUAUAUGUCGUCGUGCAACUUCCCUGAAUUCUCCCGGAUUUCGCCAUUCAACGCUCAAGAAAUUUUAUCAGGCUUGCCGGGGAUUGAGAUCACGAAAGUGGACAAAAACGCGACGAAAAACGAUCUGGAGAGCAAAAAGACGUGUCAUACGGCCGAAGUGUCGAUCAUUCCGGCGAAUAAUUCAGAGAAAUUUCAUUUUGAUAAAGAUGAUUUGCAUUAUGAUAAUGUUUUCACACCGAGGGAUAUUUUAGAAGACGAUAUGGAUGCUGAUGAACGGGAGUUGGAAGCUUUCAAACGGUUCUGCCAGCAGUCCGUGCCGCCCAAACGCAAGGAAAAAGUUGCUCAUCUCAAUGUCAAAGAUAUUGUUUUAAAAAAGAAAAAUGAGAAAAUCACGGCUUAGGAUUUAGGUUUUUUAUCGGAAGCGGAGUUGUUUUACAAAUUUUUAUUUCAAUUUGCUUCCAUUUAAAGCGCGCCUCUUUAUUAUAAAAUUUCGUUUUAUUUAUAUCACUGCUAUUGUCCAGAUCUAAUCUGAGUGUUUAUUACUAGGAAAGAAAUGUGAUUUAGUUUUUUCACCAAAUUUUCAUGUUUUUUAUUGCCAAUACCAGUAAACUUUUAAAAAGGAACUUGUCUUUUC